AUGGGCAGCAUGCUGCCGAAGCCUAUUUUAAGCAAAAUUGUCGAUAGAGCAGGCAAUUACCGCAUCGGCGCUGCCUGUGUAUCCGUAAACGGCUAUCGUCCAAGCAUGGAGGAUGCACAUGUGAUGGUGGCAGACGGUGACGUGAAUCUCUUUGGUGUGUUCGAUGGCCACAACGGAGGUGAGUGCAGCGAGUACAUUGCAAAGCAUAUCCCUGAAAAGGUGAGGGCGAUGAACGGUAAUUACGAACCGGUGGACUUUGAGCGACUCUGUGUGUCUUUGGACAACGACUUCAUGAGGGACGUUGGUGACGCGAGCGGCACCACUGGCACCUUUUGUCUCAUCAUGCGGGACUACACCACCAUUGUGUGUAACGUGGGGGAUUCCCGGACGAUACUGACGCGCGGUGGAAAGAUGCUGUUUGCCACCGAGGACCAUAAACCAAACAAUCCGGACGAACGUGACCGCAUAGAGGCCAACGGAGGAUGCGUAGUUAGCAGCCGUGUCGACGGUGACCUUGCCGUCUCGCGCUCUUUUGGCGACAGUUCCUUCAAGCGUAAGGAUGUGGGGGGCGACUACAUGAAACAAAAGGUGAUUGCCGUACCUGAUGUCACGAGGCUUGCCUGCCAACAAGGCGACAUCAUUAUCCUUGCCUGCGAUGGCGUAUUUGAAGGGGCUUUCUCCAACGAGGAGGUGGUGGGAUUUGUGCACGAGCAGGUGGCGAAAUGUACCGAUUUGGCGGUCGCCGCAGCGCGCGUGUGUGACGAAGCCAUCCGACGCGGCAGUAAAGACAAUAUUUCAUGCAUGAUUGUUCGGCUUUCCGACGGCAUGUCGAGUACACGGUUAUACGGGGCGAAUUCUUUUGUGCCGGGCCCGCCAUAUCCCCGCACCCACGACGCUUCGCGAGUGGCAUACGCGGCAAUGGCACAGCGGAUGGGGUUGACUGUCGCGGAUGCCUUGAUGAAAAGAUAUGCGUUGUUGAAAGCCUAUGAGAAUAAAACAAUUUUGACAAUGUCACCCGUAGAACAGACAGCAUUUGAGAUGAGCGACGAAACGGACAUUGAGACUGAGAAGAAUUUCUUCGGAAGAGGUCCAGCCCCGGGCAACGAAGCAGCGUUUUUCAGCUCGUUGGCGGAGCAGGGUGGAAGGUAA